AUGGGCAACUUUUUCUCAAACACCUCUGAAAGAGCAUGUAAGGAAGACAAUAUUAACAAAGAUGAAAGUUGUAGUAGUACUGUUUCAUCCGCAAAUGAGUGGUAUCAAAAACCAACCCCAGUUCCAAUUCGAGAUUCAACUAGAUCGAAUAUCUUAACCAGAGAAAUAAGAGAAAUUCAUAGAACACAAGAAGUAGUAGUGAAGAAAAGAGAGGGUCAUGAUGUUGAACUGAAAACUACUUCUGAUCUACAAAAAGAGAAAAAGAAAAGUAGUGAAGGAACCAUAACACACUACAAUAGGUCUCAAAGGAUACUAUUGGUUGGAGAGGGUGAUUUUUCAUUCUCAGCUUGCUUAGCGAAUGCCUUCGGCUCUGCUACAGACAUGGUUGCUACCUCUUUGGAUACGGAAGAAACGCUACUGGAGAAAUAUUCAGGCGCUAGGAAAAACAUAAGGCAGCUCCAGAAGUUGGGAUGCCUUGUUUUACAUGAAGUUGGUGUUCAUGACAUGUUAUAUGACUCAGAUUUAAUGAACAUGAAGUUCGAUCGCAUUGUCUUCAAUUUCCCACAUGCUGGUCAUUUUCCUCCGUUAUAUGAAACUGAUGGCUUUCUCAUCGAGAUGCAUAAGAAGCUCUUACUGGGAUUUUUCAAGAGUGCGAGUAAGAUGUUGAAUAAAGCUGGUGAAAUUCAUGUCUCACACAGGAAUGAUUUCCCAUACAACCAAAGGGAGAUCAAGAAACUUGCCAACGAUGCUGGUCUUCAAUUGAUAGGAAAAGUGAAAUUUCAAAAAUCUGACUAUCCGGGUUAUAGCAACUAG